AUCUCGUACUGUACAUAAGUAAAAAUAUAAAUUAGCAAAACGCUUAACAAUACAUUUCUCAUUAACUCUGUUUCCACGAAAUGACUAUCUUUUAAUCCAGCAUUUGGCCAUCAGAUCAUCAUAUAUUGAACACAAUUUUAACAAUGUUCUAAGCUGUUAAAAUCAAAAGAAGGAACUUCGUCGUCUGGACUACAUUUUGAAAAUUUACAAGGUUACUUGGUACUAAGGUAACCAUGGAUGAUUGUAAAGAAUUCACAAAAGAAAAGCAUGCGAAAUACUUUUUAAGAUGUCUGAAUGCAUUGCCUUCUUCACUUGUAUCUUUGGAUUCCAUAAGGCUGUCAAUAUCAUUCUUUGCCAUAUCUGGUCUUGAUGUGUUGGGACGACUAGAUUUGCUAGAUAAGCACAGAGAGGAAUACAUCAACUGGAUAUACCUUUUCCAAAUAUUACCAAAUCAUGAAGAUGAAAGCCUGGAACGCUGUGGCUUUCGUGGAUCACUGGCUGCCACAUUAGCCCUUGAAAGUCAAAGCUCUAGUCAUGUUGGCAGAAGUGGAAACAUAGGAACAAUUUCCUCGCAUCCCCUAGAUACUUCACAUAUAACAAUGACAUACGCAGCAAUCAAUACCCUUCUUAUUCUUGGUGAUGAUUUGGGACGGUUACAAAGAAAAGGAAUUUUGGCUGGUGUUAAAGCGCUUCAGCUAGAAAAUGGGAGUUUUGCAGCCACACUUGAAGGCAGUGAAAGUGACGUUCGUUUCGUCUACUGUGCUUGUUCCAUUUGCUACAUAUUGCAGGACUGGACAGCUAUUAACAUUGAAACAACCACCAAUUAUAUCGUCAAUUCAAUAAGCUAUGACGGAGCAAUCGGGCAAGACAAAAAUCAAGAAGGACAUGCUGGCCUUACAUUCUGUGGAAUUGCUGCCCUCAGUUUAAUGGGAACUUUGGAUUCCGCCUUAAGUUUAAAGCAGAAAGCAAAACUAGUUCGCUGGCUAGUUUCCCGUCAACAAAGUGGAUUUCAAGGCCGACCGAAUAAGCUUCCAGUUGAUACCUGUUAUUCAUUCUGGAUACCGGCGACUCUGAAAAUUCUUGGAGCCCAUCAAUUUAUCGAUCGCAGAAAGAAUCGCCAAUUUGUGUUGGAUACACAGUGCAACAUCGUAGGAGGACUAUCAAAAUGGAUUGAUCACUCGAGCGAUCCUCUUCACUCAUAUCUGGGUCUUGCCGGGCUAAGCGUUUGUGAAGAAACAGAUUUAGUGGAAAUGAUCCAUCCGGCAUUGAAUGUGACGAUGAGGGCUUUCGAUCACUGGAAGAAAUUAACCAGUGAGGUUUCUCUGAAUUAAACAAAGAUAUCUGGCUAUGCACAAUUUAACGAAACAGAUUUUACAUCUCAUGUUAAUUAUACGCCGUCAUGUAUUCACGAUCCCAACCGAGCUCAAAAAACGUACUUUAAAAUCCA